AUGUCUCGAGAAGGAUUUUGGCCGAUAACCAGUUCUGUGGACUGGUGUGAAAGUAACUAUGUACAUUCACAUUAUAUUGCAGACAUUGCCAUGAUAAUACUUGGUGAGGUGGGAGCGAGAAUAAAUCCUUGUAAUAGCUUUCGAUUUAAACUCGCAUUUAGGUUGAUUUCCAUCGUUGGAACUGGAAGUUUUUUAUUUCAUGGAACUCUUACAAGUGAAAUGCAAGCACUCGAUGAGGUUCCAAUGGUUUGGACAGCCAUAACAUUAUUACAUCCUCUAAUAGAGAUCAAUUAUGGUCAUCCGGGAAAAUGGUUUCCUGUCGUGCAAAUAAUUUGCGCAAUAAUUUGUACACUUGCAGUGACGAUAGCAAAAGGCACAUUACAAUUCAUUUUCUUUCAUCUUUCGUUUGGAUUAUUGGAAAUUGCUUUAUUAUUUUUAAUGAGUCGUAUAUAUUUUAAAAAAAGAUCAUCUCAUCCUGCUGUAAAAUAUCUUUUUGAACAAGGAGUAAUUAUUUAUGCGAUGGGAGUUGCAGUUUGGUUAAUAGAUAUGCAUUUUUGUGAUUACUUGAAUGGACCUUUCUUACCUUUUAAUCCUCAAUUGCACGCCCUUUGGCACAUUUUAGCAAGUACCGGAUUAUAUUUUUUAGUUACAUUGAUCCUGUAUAAUUGGCAUUUCAAGAAUGGAACUAAAUGUAGGAUUGAAUAUAGAUACGGUGGUAUUGUACCUGUUAUCGUGAAAGAUUAUAAAAGAAAUCAUAUAGUCACAAAGAAUAAAAUAUUAUAUCGAGCCGCUUCAAAAAUUUUAUUGUCAUUAGAGUUUGGAACUGGAAAGAUCUCGUCUUUAUAG